AUGCCAUGCAAAUGCAUACGCAACGCAUCACGAAGGGAUGCGACCCUUCAAGGGAAAAGGCGCACUGUUUUGCGUUGUUGGGUGAUCUGCACGCGCAAUUCAAUGACCUACGGAUGCAGGUGCAGCGCAGAUGCUCACUGGAAUUCGGAGAGUGUCACCUGCGGGCACAGUUCGGGCAUAGUUUCAACACAGACUGGGCGCAGCGAAACCACAAAAAAUGUGCUGAUUACCACUUUAUAUUUACACCUAAAGCAUAGAGAGCAUGAUAGAUAUACCUCUAAGUUUCCAGCGUUCAACUCAAGAAUUCUACUUUCUGGUCCUGCAGGAUCGGAAAUAUAUCAAGAGAUGCUGAUGAAGGCACUUGCUCGUUAUUAUGGGGUUAAACUGAUUAUUUUUGAUAGCCAAGCUUAUUUGGGUGGGCUAUCAGCGAAGGCUGCUGAGCCAAUGAAAGAGAGAUAUAGUGCAGACAAAAUCGCAAGCAAAUUGAAGCAAAUUCUUGGGGACCUACUUGACUUGACCGAAGGCACUGAACCAUCAUCUAGCCAAACUGCUAAUACUAACUCUUUGGAUGGGGCAUCGAAAAACACCCUCUUUAUGGCAGGUGAUAGGGUCAAGUUUGUUGGUUCUACUUCUGAUGCACAGCGCUCGACUCCCGUCAGGGGACCAACAUUUGGGACUAGAGGGAAGGUGGUAUUGACUUUCCAUGAUAAUCCAUCAGCAAAGGUUGGCGUAAAAUUUGAUAGGCCUAUCCCUUAUGGCAUUAACUUAGGUGGACUUUGCGAUGGUGAUCAUGGAUACUUCUGCGAAGUUAGUGAACUGCGGUUAGAUGAAGCCACUGACGUGGACGAUCUGGAAGAAUUACUCACCAAUACAUUGUUUGAGGUUGUUUCCAGUGAAAGCAGAAAUUCUCCAGUCAUUUUGUUCAUAAAACAUGUUGCGAAGUCUGUGGCACGAAAUUCAGUAUCUUAUUCAACAUUCCAAAGUCGGCUUGAGGAGCUACCUGAUAAUGUAGUCAUUAUCGGUUCUCAUGCUCAUACAAACAAACAUAAGAAGGAUAGUUUUGGGGAGAUGCAUGACAAGGGGAAACGGUCUGAAAGGACAAAUAAAUUUUUGAUGAAACUUUUCCCAAAUAAAGUGGUUAUUCACAUGCCACAGGAUGAAACACUUUUAUUGACUUGGAAACAACAACUGGAUCAAGAUGUUGAUACCCUCAGAAUGAAAGAAAAUUUUAAUAGCUUGCAAAGAGUUCUGAGUCGGAUUGGAUUAGAAUGCAGUGGACUAGAGACAUUGUGCUUCAAAGACCAAAAUUUCUCUGUUAAAAGUGCCGAGAAGGUUGUUGGAUGGGCGUUGAGCCAUCACUUGAUGCAGAACGCUCAAGAAGAUCUUGACAUGGGGCUAGUCUUAUCUCCUGUUAGCAUUCAGUAUGGGUUAGAACUCUUACAAGCUAAGCAAAAUGACACCACUAGCUUGAAGAAAGUUAAGGAUGUUGAGACAGAAAAUGAGUUUGAGAAGGCACUUCUCGCUGAUGUUAUUGCCCCCAGUGAUAUUGGGGUGACAUUUGAUGAUGUCGGUGCACUUGAAAAUGUGAAGGAUACAUUAAAAGAGCUGGUCAUGCUUCCCUUACAAAGACCUGAACUUUUCUCCAAGAGUCAACUAACCAAGCCCUGCAAAGGAAUACUUUUGUUUGGUCCUCCUGGAACUGGGAAAACCAUGCUGGCAAAAGCCGUUGCCACUGAAGCGGGAGCAAAUUUUAUUAAUAUUUCAAUGUCAAGUAUCUGUUCAAAGUGGUAUGGUCAGAGUGAGAAAUGCAUAAAAGCUGUCUUCUCGCUGGCUAGUAAAAUUGCUCCCAGCGUUAUUUUUGUAGAUGAAGUUGAUAGUAUGCUGGGAAGAAGGGAAAAUCCAGAAGAACAUCAGGCAAUGCGCAGAUUGAAAAAUGAAUUCAUGCUGAAUUGGGAUGGGUUGCGCACAAAGGAUACUGAACGAGUUCUGGUACUUGCAGCAACAAACAGGCCAUUUGACCUUGAUGAAGCUGUUAUAAGGCGACUGCCACACAGGUUGAUGGUCAAUUUACCAGAUGCUCCAAACAGAGCAAAAAUUCUAAAAGUGAUACUCGCAAAAGAAGACUUGGCUCAGGAUGUUGAUCUGGAAUCAGUUGCAAGUAUGACAGAUGGAUAUUCCGGAAGUGACCUUAAGAAUCUGUGUGCAACUGCUGCAUAUCGACCUAUUAGAGAUAUCCUAGAAAAGGAAAAAAAGGAACAGGCUGCAGAUCGUGCUGAUGGUGGACCACCUCCAGCACUAAGCAGCAGUGCAGACUUACGGCCACUAAAUAUGGACGACUUCAGAUAUUCUCAUCAGCACGUUUGCGCAAGUGUUUUAUCUGAAUCUACAAAUAUGACCGAGCUUCUUCAGUGGAAUGAUCUGUAUGGAGAAGGGGGAUCUAGAACGAAGCAAUCCUUCAGUUACUUCAUGUAAAGGUUGUCUCAAUAUGUGUGAAUUUUUGUCAGUUGUCUGCCCUUUUGGGUUGCUGUGGCCUUGGUCAUUUGUACAAUGAGUUUUGACAUGUUAUA